GCAGUGCGGGGCUCGGUGUGCCCCUGGCGCGGCGGGCGCGGCGGCGGGGGCGGCGCGCGCUCCCGCUUCCGGUGAGGUGUCAUGGCGGGCCCCGCGCGCUGAGGGCCCGCGACACCGGCACCGCCCGCGCGCACCCGCCGCUCCCGGCCGGGCGGCGGCGGGACAUGGCGGCGCACAAGCCCGUGGAGUGGGUGCAGGCCGUGGUGAACCGCUUCGACGAGCAGCUUCCAAUAAAGGCUUGCCAGCAGAAUACCCACACCAAAGUCAGCACGGAGCACAACAAGGAGUGUCUCAUCAACAUUUCCAAGUACAAGUUUUCCCUGGUCAUCAGUGGUCUCACCAAUAUAUUAAAAAAUGUUAAUAACAUGAGAAUAUUUGGAGAAACUGCUGAAAAGAAUUUAUAUCUAUCUCAGCUGAUUAUCUUGGAUACACUGGAAAAAUGUCUGGCAGGGCAACCCAAGGACACCAUGCGGCUGGACGAGACCAUGCUGGUGAAGCAGCUGCUGCCCGAGAUCUGCCACUUCAUCCACACCUACCGCGAGGGCAACCAGCACGCGGCCGAGCUGCGCAGCUCCGCCUCGGGCGUGCUCUUCUCGCUCAGCUGCAACAACUUCAACGCCGUCUUCAGCCGCAUCUCCACCAGAUUACAGGAACUGACUGUUUGCUCAGAAGAUAAUGCUGAUGUUCAUGAUAUUGAACUUCUACAGUACAUCAGUGUGGAUUGUUCAAAACUCAAGCGACUCUUGCAAGAGACUGUAUUCAAGUUUAAAGCUCUUAAGAAAGUAGCUCAGUUAGCUGUUAUCAACAGUCUUGAGAAGGCAUUUUGGAACUGGGUGGAAAACUAUCCUGAUGAAUUCACCAAGCUGUACCAAACCCCCCAGACUGACAUGGCUGAUUGUGCUGAGAAGUUGUUUGAUUUAGUGGAUGGCUUUGCUGAAAGCACCAAACGUAAAGCAGCAGUGUGGCCACUGCAGAUCAUCCUCCUGGUGCUGUGUCCAGAGAUAAUCCAAGAUAUAGCAAAGGAUGUGGUAGAGGAAACUAAAAUGAACAAGAAGCUGUUCCUGGACAAUCUCAGGAAGGCCCUGGCAGGACACAGUGGGAGCAGGCAGCUGACUGAAAGUGCUGCUAUUGCUUGUGUUAAACUGUGCAAAGCAUCUACGUACAUCAACUGGGAAGAUAAUUCUGUCAUUUUCCUGCUAGUGCAGUCCAUGGUAGUAGAUCUUAAGAAUUUGCUGUUUAACCCAAGCAAGCCUUUUUCAAGAGGCAAUCAGAAUGCAGAUGUAGACCUGAUGAUUGACUGCUUGGUUUCCUGCUUCCGCAUAAAUCCUCACAAUAACCAACACUUCAAGAUCUGCUUGGCACAGAAUUCCCCAUCAACAUUUCAUUAUGUGCUGGUAAAUUCACUCCACCGAAUCAUCACAAACUCGGCGCUGGACUGGUGGCCGCGGAUCGACGCCGUGUACUGCCACGCCGUGGAGCUGCGCAGCAUGUUCAGCGACACGCUGCACCGCGCCAUGCAGGGCUGCGGGGCGCACCCCGCCAUCCGCAUGACCCCGAGCCUUACAUUUAAGGAGAAAAUGACAAGCCUUAAAUUUAAAGAAAAACCUACUGAUUUGGAGACCAGAAGCUACAAGUUCUUGCUGUUGUCCUUGGUGAAACUGAUCCAUGCAGAUCCAAAGCUUUUGCUGUGUAACCCCAGGAAGCAGGGCCCCGACUCGCAGGGCAGCACGGCCGAGCUGAUCACGGGGCUGGUGCAGCUGGUGCCGCAGUCCAGCAUGCCCGACAUCGCCCAGGAGGCCAUGGAGGCCUUGCUGGUUCUGCACCAGUUGGACAGCAUUGACUUGUGGAAUCCUGAUGCUCCUAUAGAAACAUUCUGGGAGAUCAGUUCACAAAUGCUUUUUUAUAUCUGCAAGAAGCUUACAAGUCAUCAGAUGCUCAGCAGUACAGAAAUCCUCAAGUGGCUGCGAGAGAUUCUCAUCUGUAGGAAUAAAUUUCUGCUAAAAAACAAACAAUCAGAUAGGAGUUCCUGCCACUUCCUUUUCCUUUAUGAUGUCUCUGGAAGUGGAACUAGUCAAAUUUCUCUUGACCAUGAGGAAAUGAUGCGCUGUGCACCAGGGGCUACCCUGAGGAAAGCAAAGGGGAAUUCAUCCAUAGAGAGCACUGCAGGAUGCAGCGGAACCCCGAUCUGCCGCCAGGCCCAGACCAAGCUGGAAGUGGCCUUGUACAUGUUCCUGUGGAGCCCAGAUAUCGAGGCAGUCCUGGUGGCCAUGUCCUGCUUCCGUCACCUCUGUGAGGAGGCCGACAUCAGGUGUGGAGUAGAUGAGGUCUCAGUGCAUAAUUUUUUGCCAAACUACAACACUUUCAUGGAGUUUGCAUCUGUGAGCAACAUGAUGUCAACAGGGAGAGCAGCUCUUCAGAAGAGAGUGAUGGCUUUAUUGAGGCGCAUUGAGCACCCCACUGCAGGCAACACAGAGGCCUGGGAGGAUACACAUGCAAAAUGGGAACAAGCUACAAAACUGAUCCUUAACUAUCCAAAGACCAAAAUGGAAGAUGGGCAGGUGACCGAGAGCCUGCACAAGACGAUCGUGAAGCGGCGCAUGUCGCACGUCAGCGGCGGCGGCUCCAUCGACCUGUCGGACACGGAGUCGCUGCAGGAGUGGAUCAACAUGACAGGGUUCCUGUGUGCCCUGGGCGGGGUGUGCCUGCAGCACCGCAGCAGCGCGGGGCUGGCCACCUACAGCCCCCCCAUGGGCCCCCUCAACGAGCGCAAGGGCUCCAUGAUCUCCAUGGUCUCCACCGAGGGCAGCGUGGAGACCCCGGUCAGCAAAUUCAUCGACCGCCUGCUCACCCUGAUGGUCUGCAACCACGAGAAGGUGGGGCUGCAGAUCCGCACCAACAUCAAAGACCUGGUGGGGCUGGAGCUCAGCCCUGCACUUUACCCUAUGCUCUUCAACAAGCUGAAGAAUACCAUCAGCAAGUUCUUUGAUUCUCAAGGACAGGUCUUGUUAACUGACACCAACACACAAUUUGUAGAGCAAACCAUUGCUAUAAUGAAGAAUUUGCUUGACAAUCACACAGAAGGGAGCUCAGAACACCUUGGACAAGCGAGCAUUGAGACAAUGAUGCUGAAUCUGGUUAGGUAUGUGCGUGUGCUUGGAAAUCUGGUACAUGCCAUUCAAAUAAAAACAAAGCUCUGUCAGUUGGUAGAAGUAAUGAUGGAAAGGAGAGAUGACCUUUCAUUUUGUCAAGAAAUGAAAUUUAGGAACAAAAUGGUGGAAUACUUGACAGACUGGGUAAUGGGAACAUCUAAUCAAGCAACAGAUGAGGAUGUGAAAUGCUUGACAAGAGAUUUGGACCAGGCGAGUAUGGAAGCAGUGGUCUCUCUUCUUGCUGGGCUCCCACUCCAGCCUGAAGAAGGAGAUGGUGUUGAGUUGAUGGAAGCAAAAUCUCAAUUAUUUCUCAAGUACUUCACGCUCUUCAUGAACCUGCUGAACGACUGCAGCGAGGCGGAGGAGGACGGCGCGGCGGCGGGCGGGCGCAAGCGCGGCAUGUCGCGCCGGCUGGCGUCGCUGCGGCACUGCACCGUGCUGGCCAUGUCCAACCUGCUCAACGCCAACGUGGACAGCGGCCUCAUGCACUCCAUAGGCUUGGGCUACCAUAAAGACCUCCAGACCAGAGCCACGUUCAUGGAAGUCCUCACCAAAAUCCUGCAGCAGGGGACAGAGUUUGACACCUUGGCAGAAACGGUGCUGGCAGAUCGCUUUGAGAGAUUGGUGGAGCUGGUUACAAUGAUGGGUGAUCAGGGGGAGCUCCCUAUUGCUAUGGCUUUAGCCAAUGUGGUGCCUUGUUCUCAGUGGGAUGAGCUGGCUCGUGUCCUGGUCACACUCUUUGAUUCCCGGCACCUGCUCUACCAGCUCCUCUGGAAUAUGUUCUCAAAGGAGGUCGAGUUGGCAGACUCCAUGCAGACACUCUUCAGAGGAAACAGUUUAGCCAGUAAAAUAAUGACUUUCUGUUUUAAGGUCUAUGGUGCUACAUACCUGCAGAAGCUGUUGGAGCCUUUGCUGCGGACUGUGAUCACAUCCCCUGAGUGGCAGCACGUCAGCUUUGAGGUGGAUCCAACAAGGCUGGAGCCCACAGAAAGCCUUGAAGAGAACCAGCGGAGUCUCUUGCAAAUGACAGACAAGUUUUUUCAGGCAAUCAUUAAUUCCUCCUCGGAGUUCCCACCCCAGCUGCGCAGUGUGUGCCAUUGUUUAUACCAGGCAACUUGCCACUCUCUACUGAAUAAAGCUACCGUAAAAGAAAAAAAGGAAAACAAAAAAUCAGUGGUGAGCCAGCGCUUCCCCCAGAACAGCAUCGGCGCCGUGGGCAGCGCCAUGUUCCUGCGCUUCAUCAACCCCGCCAUCGUGUCCCCGUACGAGGCGGGCAUCCUGGACAAGAAACCGCCGCCCCGCAUCGAGCGCGGCCUCAAGCUCAUGUCAAAGAUCCUUCAGAGUAUUGCCAACCACGUGCUGUUUACCAAAGAGGAGCACAUGCGGCCUUUCAAUGACUUUGUGAAGAGCAAUUUUGACGCGGCGCGAAGGUUUUUCCUCGACAUCGCGUCCGACUGCCCGGCCAGCGACACCGUCAACCACAGCCUGUCCUUCAUCAGCGACGGCAACGUGCUGGCGCUGCACCGCCUGCUCUGGAACAACCAGGAGAAAAUCGGCCAGUACCUGUCCAGCAACAGGGACCACAAGGCUGUUGGACGACGACCUUUCGACAAGAUGGCAACGCUUCUUGCCUACCUGGGGCCUCCUGAGCACAAACCUGUGGCAGAUACACAUUGGUCCAGCUUAAAUCUCACUAGUUCCAAGUUUGAAGAGUUUAUGACAAGGCAUCAGGUACAUGAGAAAGAGGAGUUCAAAGCACUGAAAACAUUAAAUAUUUUCUACCAAGCUGGGACAUCCAAAGUUGGCAAUCCUGUUUUCUACUACAUCGCUCGGCGGUUCAAGACUGGUCAGAUCAACGGGGAUUUGCUGAUCUACCACGUGCUGCUGACCCUGAAGCCAUACUAUGCAAAGCCAUAUGAAAUUGUGGUGGACCUCACACACGCUGGCCCCAGUAAUCGCUUUAAAACAGACUUUCUUUCUAAAUGGUUUGUAGUUUUUCCAGGCUUUGCUUAUGAAAAUGUCGCAGCAGUUUUUAUUUAUAACUGUAACUCUUGGGUCAGAGAAUACACCAAAUACCAUGAAAGGCUCUUGACAGGUUUGAAAGGGAGCAAAAGGCUUGUUUUCAUAGACUCUCCAGGGAAGCUGGCAGAGCACAUCGAACACGACCAGCAGAAACUCCCAGCAGCUACCUUGGCUUUGGAGGAGGACUUGAAAGUGUUUCACAAUGCUCUCAAACUGGCUCAUAAAGACACCAAAGUUUCUAUUAAAGUUGGCUCGACGGCGGUGCAGGUGACGUCGGCAGAGCGCACGCGCGUGCUGGGCCAGACCGUGUUCCUCAAUGACAUCUACUACGCCUCUGAGAUCGAGGAGAUCUGCCUGGUGGAUGAGAACCAGUUCACCCUGACCAUUGCCAACCAGGGCACCCCGCUCACCUUCAUGCACCAGGAGUGUGAAGCCAUCGUCAGGUCCAUCAUCCACAUCCGCACGCGCUGGGAGCUGUCGCAGCCCGACUCCAUCCCCCAGCACACCAAGAUCCGCCCCAAGGACGUGCCCGGCACGCUGCUCAACAUCGCCCUGCUCAACCUGGGCAGCUCCGACCCCAGCCUGCGGUCUGCUGCCUAUAAUCUUCUAUGUGCCUUAACCUGUACCUUUAAUUUAAAGAUUGAGGGCCAGUUACUGGAAACUUCAGGUCUGUGUAUUCCUGCCAACAACACACUAUUUAUUGUAUCUAUCAGUAAGACUCUUGCAGCAAACGAGCCACACCUCACCUUGGAGUUCUUGGAGGAGUGUAUUUCAGGAUUUAGCAAAUCCAGCAUUGAGCUGAAGCACCUGUGCCUGGAGUACAUGACGCCCUGGCUGUCCAACCUGGUGCGCUUCUGCAAGCACAACGACGACGCCAAGCGCCAGCGCGUCACCGCCAUCCUGGACAAGCUCAUCACCAUGACCAUCAACGAGAAGCAGAUGUACCCUUCCAUCCAGGCCAAGAUAUGGGGCAGCCUGGGACAGAUAACGGAUCUCCUGGAUGUAGUGCUGGACAGUUUCAUCAAAACCAGUGCCACGGGGGGCUUGGGCUCCAUCAAGGCUGAGGUGAUGGCAGACACAGCUGUAGCACUGGCUUCUGGCAAUGUCAAACUGGUGUCAAGCAAAGUGAUUGGGAGGAUGUGUAAAAUCAUUGACAAGACCUGUCUGUCCCCCACGCCCACGCUGGAGCAGCACCUGAUGUGGGAUGACAUUGCCAUUCUGGCUCGGUACAUGCUCAUGCUCUCCUUCAACAACUCCCUGGACGUGGCUGCACAUCUCCCCUACCUCUUCCACGUGGUGACUCUGCUGGUGGCCACGGGGCCCCUUUCCCUCAGAGCUUCCACUCAUGGGCUCGUCAUCAACAUCAUUCACUCUCUUUGCACUUGUUCACAGCUUCACUUCAGUGAGGAGACCAAGCAAGUUUUAAGGCUGAGCUUGACUGAGUUCUCUCUGCCCAAGUUUUAUUUGCUGUUUGGGAUCAGCAAAGUGAAGUCGGCGGCGGUGAUCGCGUUCCGCUCCAGCUACCGCGACAGGUCCUUCUCGCCCGGCUCCUACGAGCGCGAGACCUUCGCCCUCACCUCGCUGGAGACGGUCACCGAGGCCCUGCUGGAGAUCAUGGAGGCUUGCAUGAGGGAUAUUCCAACGUGCAAGUGGCUGGACCAGUGGACUGAACUAGCUCAAAAGUUUGCAUUCCAGUACAACCCCUCCCUGCAGCCAAGAGCACUGGUUGUCUUUGGCUGUAUAAGUAAACGAGUGUCUCAUGGACAAAUAAAACAAAUCAUCCGAAUUCUCAGCAAGGGACUUGAGAGCUGUUUAAAAGGCCCUGAUAAUUAUAAUAGCCAAGUUCUAAUAGAAGCCACAGUUAUAGCCCUCACCAAACUGCAGCCUCUUCUUAACAAGGACUCCCCUAUGCACAAGGCUCUGUUCUGGGUGGCCAUGGCUGUGCUGCAGCUGGAUGAGGUGAACCUGUACUCGGCAGGGACAGCCCUGCUGGAGCAGAACCUGCACACCCUGGACAGCCUGCGCGUGUUCAACGACAAGAGCCCAGAAGAAGUGUUCAUGGAGAUCAGGAGACCACUCGAAUGGCACUGCAAGCAGAUGGAUCAUUUUGUUGGGCUAAAUUUCAACUCCAACUUUAACUUUGCACUAGUGGGACAUCUCCUGAAAGGGUACAGGCAUCCUUCCCCUACCACUGUAGCAAGAACAGUGAGGAUUUUGCACACACUCCUUGCUCUGGUGAACAAACACAGGAACUGUGACAAGUUCGAGGUGAACACCCAGAGCGUGGCUUACCUGGCAGCGCUGCUGACGGUGUCGGAGGAGGUGCGGAGCCGCUGCAGCCUCAAGCACAGGAAGUCUCUCCUGCUGACAGACGUCUCAAUGGAAAAUGUUCCCAUGGAUACAUACCCCAUCCAUCACAGUGACACUAGCUAUAGGACACUAAAGGAACACCAGCCCUGGUCAUCCCCCAAGGGGUCAGACAGACACCUGGCUGCCAGUUACCCAACAGUGGGACAGAUCAGCCCUCGCACCCGGAAAUCCAUGAGCUUGGACAUGGGGCAGCCUUCACAAGCCAACACUAAAAAGCUUCUAGGUACAAGGAAAAGUUUUGACCAUUUGAUAUCGGACACAAAGGCUCCUAAAAGGCAAGACAUGGAAUCUGGAAUCACAACGCCUCCCAAAAUGAGGAGAGUAGCCGAAAAUGAUUAUGAAAUGGAAACCCAGAGAAUAUCACCACAGCAGCACCCACACCUCCGGAAAGUUUCCGUUUCCGAGUCAAACGUCCUCCUGGAUGAAGAAGUUCUGACUGACCCAAAAAUUCAAGCACUGCUGCUUACAGUUCUUGCCACGCUGGUGAAGUACACCACGGACGAGUUCGACCAGCGCAUCCUCUACGAGUAUUUAGCAGAAGCCAGCGUUGUCUUCCCAAAGGUCUUUCCUGUUGUGCAUAAUUUAUUGGAUUCCAAGAUCAAUACCCUUUUAUCGCUGUGCCAGGACCCAAACUUGUUGAAUCCAAUUCAUGGGAUUGUGCAGAGUGUUGUCUACCAUGAGGAGUCCCCACCCCAAUACCAAACAUCCUAUCUACAGAGUUUUGGAUUUAAUGGGCUGUGGAGGUUUGCUGGCCCCUUCUCCAAGCAAACCCAAAUCCCAGACUAUGCUGAGCUCAUAGUGAAGUUCCUUGAUGCCUUGAUUGACACAUACUUGCCUGGAAUUGAUGAGGAAGCCAGUGAAGAAUCUCUCCUGACCCCCACCUCUCCGUAUCCCCCAGCGGUGCAGAGCCAGCUCAGCAUCACUGCAAACCUCAACCUCUCCAACUCCAUGACCUCACUUGCCACUUCCCAGCACUCCCCAGGGAUCGACAAGGAGAACGUGGAGCUCUCGCCCACCGCCGGCCACGCCAACAGCGGCAGGAUGCGCCACGGCUCCGCCAGCCAAGUGCAGAAGCAGCGAAGCGCCGGCAGCUUCAAGCGUCACAGCAUCAAAAAGAUCGUGUGAUUGUCGCUUUUUAAUUUUAUUUUUUAUUUUUGGACCUGCCUGGCGCGCGCGGCCCCUCGCGAAGGGCCCUGCACCGGGUGUGAUGCUGCACUUGAGCUGUACAGUUCCCAUCCAGCCGCGUUGCCAGACGAUCAACUCCUGCCCCCUGCCCGAGUCACGCCCGCGUUCCCCGCGCUGGCUCCAGCCCAGCCCCGGGCCAGGCUGGAGCUCUGCUCGAAUCCAAAGCCAUUCCCCAGCCCUGCCAUGUCUGCUCUGGCCUCAGGUGUUCCUGCUAAGGGAAGUGUUGAUCCUUAACCCUGUUUGCACGCCUCAAGGUAGUAGUGGCUUCCUGAGCCGGGGAAGUUUCUCUAACCCUGGUGUUAAUCCAAACCUAUAAGAUUUUAGCUGUGUACUUUUUGUUUUUCCACACUGAGAAGAAGUUCAUGAUAGCUGCAGUACAAGGAGCUUAACAGAAGUGGUGGAUUAGGUUAAAUUUCAGGUAAUUAGCAAUAAAGGGGAGAGGAAAAGGAGGCUGCAGGAGUCCCUCAUUCCCCAGACCAAGCUUCACACACUUGGACUGUACAUGGACCAGACUGGACAAACUGGCUUUUUUUUCCCAAAACUUUUUUUUUUUUUUUUUUGCUGUACUUCAUCUUCCCUGAGGAAGUUGUACAGGGGAAAAUCCCUGGGAACUGAGCCUCGAGCUGUCAUUGUAGCACGUGCUUUAGUUCUGCCCUUCCCAACAAUGUGCACCUUCAAGAGCUCCUGGCAGAGUAUCCGGUGGGGAAUGGAGGGAAAAUGGGAUGGAUUCAUUCCCGGCUCCGGGGGAUAGUGUGUGGCAAAGCUUGCCCCUGUGCUGCCCGGGCAGGGACAGAAACAGCCACGUCUGCUCAAGGUACAUGAAUUUAAAUUAACUGACACUGUCCAGUCCAGGGAGGGGUGGGUGGCGCGGUCCCUCCCGGGGCGGGUUCGGGGCUCCGGCGGGGCUUGCACAGACCUGGGGCUGCCGUCGCUGUCCCGGGGUGGGUUCGGGGCUUGCACAGACCUGGGGCUGCCGUCGCUGUCCCGGGGUGGGUUCGGGGCUUGCACAGACCUGGGGCUGGGGCAGUCAGGAGCCGCUGGUGGCGAGGGAGGAGCCGCUGGGCGCGGCCCCGGUGCCGCGGGCACUGCGGGCUGUGAGUGGAGCUGAGUUCAGGCAGGGGCUGUGUCCCUGGGGCUCACACAGCUCCUGCUCAGAAACAGAUCCGCUUCCCAGUUUCAGAUCCCUCUGCUGUGGUAGGAAAUAACAAUCCUUCAGUGGCUUUAAAGGAGAAAAAAAGUAUAACCAUUAGGUAAAAGCCAGUCCUCCAGUGCAAUCGUUAGUGGCUUUCAGUAAAUCAAACUCCACAGCUAAAUUAUUAGAGAAUGGUACAAUUAAGGGUUCCAAUUUAUUGCUAUAGCACAUAAUUCCCAUGUAUCCACACAGUAACAAUGUAACAUUUAUGUAAAUAAAAAUACCUUUAUUGUA